AUGGUCACUACCAAGUCCUUGAUCGUGGCUUAUGGCCUCGCCCUCCUGCCGGUGCUCGUGAGCAGUUCUCCCAUCGUGCCUCGUUAUUUUGAGAGAAAUCUGUUCUCGCGAGACAACAUAACUGCAAGCACAGUCAAGAAUGAGCUGGGCCAGCAACUAUCAAAAGGCUCACUGAUCUUCGGACCUGAUAGCGCCCUAUAUCCAAAUGCCACAGAAAGAUGGAAUACUCGAAUCACGCCUGAUGCUCAAGUUGUCGUGCAACCAGCAGCCGAGUCCGACCUAGCACAAAUUAUCAAGUACUGUAAUGAUAAUAGCUUCGAGUUCCUCGUGAGAAAUCGUGAAAUCGAUGUGGAACUGCUUACGGGCGUUACUGUUCAGCCGGAUAAGAAAACCGCUACACUCCAGGCAGGAACAUUUAUUGGUGAAGUCAUAAACAAGCUUUGGGACCAGGGCUUUGUUACCACCACUGGAUCCGCAGCAUGCGUUGGACUGAUGGGUGCAGCACUAGGUGGUGGCCAUGGGCGUUAUGAGGGCCUCUACGGCUUGGUCCAGGAUAACAUUGUGCAUUACAAUGUUGUCUUGGCAGAUGGCACAGAGAUCGGUGUAAAUGAGACAAGCCACCCGGAUCUUCUCUAUGCCUUGAAAGGGGCUGGUCACAACUUUGCCAUCGUCACCAGUGUUGUGGGGAAGAUUUAUCCUAGGGAAAAUUGGUACCAGAAGAGCUACACUUGGACGCAGGAUAAGCUGGAGACUGUAUUUGAAGCGCUAAACACGUUCCACAAAAGUGCCAAUGGCACCACACCUCCCAGGAUGGGUGCCAGCUACGGGUCCAUCAUUAUUAAUACGUCCAUUAGCACAACUGAAGCAGUGCUAGAGUGGGGCUUUGACUACGCGGGCCCUGCUGCUGACGCGGAAAAGCUCCUGAGACCAUUCAAUGCCAUCAAGGCUGUCCAAGUGGACUCGAGCGAAGCCUCAUACCCCAUUAUAUCUGGAGCUGAGGAUACCGAUUGUCCUGGCGCCAAGCGAGCCAUCUCCAGUGUCAUGACACUGGAGUAUAACGUCACAACACAACGCACGCUCUAUAAUCUUUUCAACAAGAAGAUAGCCGAGUACCCCGGACUCGCUCCCUCCGCCUAUCUCUGGCACGAAGGCUACGCGACUGCCGGCAUGCAGGCCAUACCUUCCGACUCCACCGCCUACCCUCACCGCGAAGAAAACCAUUUGAUGGUCUUCUUCAGCGAAGUUCCGGAAGGGUCUGGCCUGACGGACGCGGCAGAGGCGUGGGCCGAGGAGAACCGGAGUCUUUGGAACGCCGGCCAGCCCAAUCGUCAGCCACAGACGUAUGUAAAUUACGCCCAGGGUAAAGACUACGAGACGCUUCAAUCCGUCUAUGGUUAUGAACCAUGGCGCUUGGACAAACUGCGCUCGCUCAAGGCGAAAUACGAUCCACAGAACCGUUUCCGCUAUUUUGAGCCUAUUGUAUCUGGUUCGGCAUAG